AUGGCCAAAACAAUCAUUGUCACCGGAGCCUCCAGAGGUAUCGGCCUUGCUGUGGCCAAAUACCUCCUCACAGCACCCCAGUCCCACAAUGUGGUGGUGGUAGCCCGCAGUGUCGAGCCUCUGCAAAAGCUCAAGGAGCAAUACAGCAACCAAGUUGCAGUGCUGAAUGGUGAUCUGGCAGACUUUUCCAUAGCUCAACAGGCUGUCGACAAGGCCAUCAGCACCUUUGGACAGCUCGACGGACUGGUCCUCAACCACGGACUGCUCGGCCAGGUUGGAAAAAUCUCCGAUGCGGACCCCCAGCAAUGGAAGGAGGGCUUUGAUAUCAACUUUAUCAGUUUGGUUGCUUUUGCCAAAGCAGCUCUGCCGGCUCUACGUCAGUCCAAGGGCAAGAUUAUCUUCACGUCCUCUGGUGCCGCGGUCACCGGCUACCGUGGCUGGGCUCUGUACGCCGCCACCAAGGCCGCGAUGAACAACUUCGCGAUGAGUCUGGGAGCGGAGGAGCCUGAUGUCACCUCCGUGUCCAUCCGACCUGGUAUGGUGGACACGGAAAUGCAGCGUGAGUUGCGCGAGGACCAUGCUACCAACUUGGAUGCAGAGAUGCACUCCAAGUUCACCGGAGUCCACAAGGAUGGCAAGCUCCUCCAGCCUGAGCAGCCCGGUCAUGUCAUGGCCAAGUUGGUCCUCGACGCUCCCAAGGAGCUCAGCGGUCACUUCCACUCAUGGAACGACAAGGAACUCGGUGCUUUCCAGGCAUAG